UUUUUUUUUAUUAUCAUUUAAUAUCUGUAUAUAUAUAACAUAAUGGCCGAUAAUUCAACAUUAGCCGCAUCUGAUGGUGCAAAUCAAGGUGUUUCAUACACAAUCAAUGCUGGUGAUACUGCCUGGGUGAUGAUUUGUGCAUGUUUAGUCUUCAUUAUGUCCCCAGCUUUAGGUUUAUUUUAUGCUGGCCUUGCAAGAGCAAAAAAUGCUCUCUCUUUAAUGUACUUGACUGUGCUUUCCGUUGCUGUCGUUUCUUUCCAGUGGUACUUAAUUGGGUAUUCCUUAACAUUUUCCCAAACGGGUAGCAGAUUUAUAGGAGAUUCUGCUCAUUUCUUAUUACGCGGUGUGGGCAUCCAACCUGCUGCUGAAGGACAGAGUAUUCCUGCAUCGGCAUUUAUGAUCUUUCAAGCCAUGUUUGCAGCUAUCACACCAGCUUUGGCUUUCGGUUCUGCAGCUGAACGUAUGUCACUUGGUCCUGCAAUUUUGUUUAUCUUUGUUUGGACUACAUUAGUAUAUGAUGUCAUUACAAAUUGGGUCUGGGCAAGCAAUGGCUGGUUAUUACAACUUGGUGUUAUGGACUAUGCUGGUGGUAUUCCUGUCCAUAUCUCUAGUGGUUUAGGGGCUUUUGCUUAUGCUCUUGUCCUCGGAAAACGUCGUGACUAUCAUGAAAAUGUCAACGCUCCUCAUAACGUAACCUUUGUUUUUCUUGGUUUAGCACUCAUGUGGUUUGGUUGGUUUGCCUUCAAUGCCGGUAGUGCAUUGGCUGCUAAUGCACGCAGUGUCAAUUCAUUAGUAGCUACCCAUAUCUCUGCUUGUACUGCAGCUAUUGUUUGGGUCUUGUUAGAUUAUAUCAAAACACGUAAAUGGAGUAUCAUCGGCUUAUGUACUGGUGCUGUCGCUGGUCUAGCUACUAUUACACCAGGCUCUGGUUUUAUUACACCUUCUAGUUCUCUCGCUUUUGGUGCUAUUGGCUCCUUUGUUUGUUAUAUCGCCAUUCAUUACAAGCACAAGAUGGGCAUUGAUGAUUGUCUUGAUGUGUUUGGUGUUCAUUAUGUUGGCGGUCUUGUUGGUUUAAUCUUGACCGGUAUUUUUGCCCAACGCUCUGUGAUCGCCCUCAGUUACCCUGAAGGUACUCCUUGGGAUACUAUUCCUAUUGGUGGCUGGCUCGAUGGUAACUGGAAGCAAGUGCCUAUUCAAUUAGCUGGUAUUGCUGCUGUCUCUGCUUGGUCCUUUGUAGUGACUUAUAUUAUUCUUAUGGUCAUCAACCAAGUGCCCUCUCUUUACUUGCGUCUUGCUGAUGAAGAUGAAGUUGUGGGUACUGACUGGGCCGAAAUGGGUGAGCGUGCUUAUGGUUAUCUUCCAUUUGAAGAAGCUGGUACUUCUAUGUCUGCUCAAACGGCACCAGCAAAUCUUAAUGGUUCUAUCCGAAAACAAAAUAUCCAUAUGACACGCUUAAGAAAGCUCUUUAUGGUCGAUCGUAGUGCUGUCAUUCGAGGCGUCCCUAACCUGAUUGAAGAACCUGUAUUAGACUACAGUCAACAAAAGGAUUUAGGUGUCUAUCACUUAAACACAUUACAGCAACCUACUAUGGACCAUAAGCCUUCAGCACAAUUAAAAGAAGUCAACGAGCUGGUUACAAACCAACCUCAUGUGCUUCAACAUACAAGUAGUAAUGACGAUACUAUUCAAGUCAUCAGCGCUAGUCAAACACCCGUAGGUUCUAGUAGCAACUCUCAACAAUCACGAGAAAACGCAUAAUUCUCUUACAACUUGUAGAUUUCUUUAUUUAUAACAUGUAUUCAUACCUAAACAUCUUAUUCAAUUUGACACAAUAAAACAAAAAGGAAAAUAAACAUUAUCCAUGCAUGAAUUAUAAA